CGUAUAAGAGAAUUCAAGGUCAAGGGAACCUAUAAUAUAAGGCUAACGAAUUCAUAUAAAUAUUCCAAAAUUUAAGGUACUCCUCCAAUACUUUAUAUAUAGUGGCAUCAUCACCACCACCCUAGCUAGCUAGCUAGCUAUCUCACCAUUUUUUUUUGUUUCAGAAGUGAGUGAUAUUCAUUAGCUAGUCAGUGAUCAUAUUGUAAUUAACAAGAACUAAUUAAUUAGGGUGCAAAGUGACAUGGCUGCAUCUCUCCCUUCUUUCUUCUCUGUACAAGCAAGAGGAGCAUGUCUCAAAAGAAGCAAUAUACGUCGAGGGCCACAAAUAAUAAAAGUUCAAAACUAUCAAGAUGAAGGGACAUCCACCAACAUAGAUGCGAAUUUAAAUGUUCUAAAGAAGAGGAUAGAGAUGUUAAGGGUGAAGGAGAGAUUGGAAAGGUGUUGCAAAUCUCAACAUGGUUGGAAUUAUGUGCCAGUUUCUGACCACAGAAUAAUCAAAGGAAACAAAGAGGAGUUCAGCUUAAUUGAGUUCACAGGUCUAGUUUGUGGGACUCUUGGUCUUACUUGUUUUGGUGGAUCACUCUUCAUUUGCCUUGUUUCCUUGAUUGUUCAUCUGCAUUUAUGAUUUAAAGGGUAUAUGAUGUUCAUUUUUUAUUUAUUUACCAUCAUAAUGUAUAGAGCUCAUAGAAUUAACAUUUAUUUUUUCAUUUCUCCAUCAAUUAAUUGUAUUAUUGUAUGAUGAAGAUUAUGAGGGGAUUUACUAU